UAAUCAGCAGCUUUGUCUCAUGAAUCAUAUGCAAAACAGUAGUGGAGUCCCAUGAUAGUUUUGGUGAAAAACAGAGCUUCCAGGCAUGACCGGAGAGGAAAAGCAAUACUGUCAGUCUAAAUCAGGUUGCUGUUUCUAAGCACCCUGGGGCUUGUGACAAAUCCAGACCACGGAUGCAGCUUCUCCAGGACUUGCCAUUUUGCUGUGUUUGGAUGACAAGGGUUUGCUUUCAGGGUAGCCAGCUAUGAAGUGUUUUUGAAGCCUGGUGUUGGCACGAGAUGCUGCCAGGGAAAGGUCCACGCCCCUUCAGAGCAGCUCCUUCCCUUGCUGUAGGUGCUGUGCUCCAAGCUACUCUUCUGAAUCCUGAAUGACACGAACUGGGUGGGACUGGGUCAGACUCUCAUACCUCAAAGCCUUCCUGUUUGCACAGCCACAGCUGCCCCAGCUCAGCAGAAGAGAGCUUCGGGGAAAAGCUGAGCCAAACUUUCAAACCGAGGGAGCCUUAACAGAGCACGUGUCGCUCACAGACCUCAAAGGGCUUGGCAAUCAAGACAGGUGAGUCCUGGAGAUGAAACCCUGUGCCACCUACGAGCUGUUAGUGGAUGGUGUCGGGCCGUGGGACUUCACUGGAGGUUUUGUUCCCUGUGAGCUGCUCCUUGUUGGAGAGGAUGCCUACCCUGUGCUCCUGAGUGCCAAGAAGCAGGUCCUGAUUGCUGUUUCACAGUAUGGGAAGGGCCGGAUGGUGGUUGUUUCCCAUGAAGGAAUCCUGAAGGACCCCAAGUUCUCCCAGUUCCUCAGAAAUGCCAUGGAGUGGCUCAAGCCUUGCCCAGGUGCCCUGGUUGGGGUUCAUCCUCGAUUGGAUUCCCUGUCCCAGGUGCUACUCGGGGCUGGCACCCGAGUGCAGGUGGGGGCAGAGCCCAGCCCAUCCAUGGGGGUGUUCUGCAUGGAAGCCUAUGACAGCUCCCAGGCCAAAGGCAUCGUGGAUUUUGUCAAAGCAGGUGGAGGGCUGCUUAUUGGAGGCCAAGCCUGGUACUGGGCAAGUCAACAUGGCAAGGAGAAGGUACUGUUCGAAUUCCCUGGGAACCAGGUGACCAGCGUGGCUGGUGUGUACUUCACAGGAAAUGCUGUGGAAAAAGGUGUCUUCAAAGUUGCCAAGAAGAUUCCCAAGAUCCCAUUAGUUGUCCCGCACCAGGCCAACCUGAGCCUUGAUGCUGAGUUUCUCCUGCACGGGGUGUCGGAGCUGGAUUUGGUGACGGGGGGCAUCCCCUCCACCUUGCUGGUGCACGGAGCCCUGUCCUUCCCGCUGUGCCUGGACCGCUCCCAGCGCUGCCUCUUGGCCGCCGCACGCUACGGCCGCGGCCGCGUGGUGGUGGCGACCCAUGAGAGCCAGCUGUCCUCCCCAAAGCUGGCCAGGUUCCUGCUCAACGCUGUGUCCUGGUUGGGUGCCGGGAGGAAGGGGCUGGUGGCGGUGGAUCCCAGCCUGAAGAAGCUGUGCAGCCUCCUGUCUCAGGCAGAGGUGAAGUCGCAGCUGUCACAGCUGGCGGGUGACAUCAGCGUGUACUGCUGCACUUCUUACAGUGACAGGGAUGCCGACAAGAUCCACGCUUUUGUGGCAGAGGGAGGUGGCCUGCUGGUGGGGGGCCAGGCCUGGUACUGGGCUUCCCAGAACUGUGGCACUGCUGCUGUGGCAAAAUAUCCUGGCAACAGGAUCCUGAACCGCUUUGGGCUGAGCAUCCUGGGGCAGAGCGGCCAGGCAGCCAAGUACGCGCCCGUGGGGCCAGGGGAGCACUACCACUUCCGCAGGGCUCUCCUGCUCUUCAGCACCCAGCUGCAGGAGCAUCAGGAGCCCAGGGAGCCCCUGAAGGGCUGGCUGCAGCCGCUGGCACAGGACUGCGCUGCCUUCCUGCACAUCCCAGCCCACGACUGCCCGGCAUAUGCCUCGCUCCACCGCAUCCUGGCCAAAGUGCUCAAGAGGACUGGGAUCCCGCAGGUCAGCAGGCACUGCCCGGUCAAGAGCAACUCCAAAGAGGCAGUGCUUCUCUGCAUGGCCACCGAGCUGUCCUUCACCAUGACAGACAGCUCAGCCCUGGUGCAGAGACCUGCUGCUGGGGUCUGUUCCCUCCCUGUCACUGUGGAAAUCGAUGGCACAAACCCAGGAGAUGCAGCCUGGAGGAGCACAGGGCUCUACCUCCCCGAAGGGCACACAGCAGUAAUAACGUGCCCUUGCCUGGUGGUCGGUGCCGGUCUGAAGGUGCAGGUUGGGUGCCACACGGAUGACCUCUCUAAAGCCAAGGAGCUGAAACGGGCACCAGUGGUAAUACGCACCUGUGAUGUUGCCUGCCAGAAACAAUCCAUUUCCUGCCUCUGGGGUGGCCUCAUUUACAUCGUAGUACCAGCAAAGAGUGUCCUGGGGAAUGUGCCCAUCACGGUGGAAGGGGCAGUCCGAGCUCCUUUCUUCAAGCUUGGGGAGACCUGUGAGAGGCAGUGGGAGGCCUGUAUCCGGCACUACCCUGCUCCCUGGGCAGAGCUGGCUGUGGAGAAUCUCAUCCUGACGGUGCCUUCUGACAGCAUCCGCCACAUGGAGGACCCCCGGCCGCUGCUGACCCUGUGGAACCAGAUCAUGGUGGCGAUCAGCAAGCUGGCAGCCGUACCAGCAAAAUUCCCAAGGCCAGAGAGGAUUGUAACAGAUGUCCAGAUCUCAUGUGGAUGGAUGCAUUCUGGCUACCCCAUCAUGGGCCAGCUGGAUUCAGCGAAGGGGAUGUUAGACGUGCAGCACAUGCAAACCACUGGUCUUUGGGGUCCCAUCCACGAGCUGGGACACAAUCAACAGCAGCAGGCAUGGGAGUUUCCCCCUCACACCACAGAGGCCACAUGCAAUCUCUGGUCUGUCUAUGUUCAUGAGGAGGUGCUGGGCAUUCCCAGGCAUCAGGCCCAUCAGGCACUCAGGCCACAAUGCCGGGAGGAAAGGACAAAAGACUAUCUGAAGAAAGGUGCUCAGCUAAAGGACUGGAACGUGUGGACUGCUCUGGAGACAUACCUGCAGUUGCAGGAAGGGUUUGGUUGGGACCCCUUCACCCAGCUCUUCUCUGACUACCAGAAAAUGUCCAGGAUCCCAAAAGACAACGCUUCUAAGAUGAACUUGUGGGCACAGAAGUUUUCUCAGCAGGUGAAUAAGAAUCUGGCUCCAUUCUUUACAGCCUGGGGAUGGCCUAUCAAGAAAGAGUUGUCUGUGAAACUGUCCUCUCUGCCCAGCUGGGAACAGGAUCCAAUGAGAUCCUAUAGACCAUAAAGGGAAAAUGUCUAAGUCUUGGUUCUCAUACUAGCUAUGGCUCAUUUUUUCUCCUUGUGUGCUACAUGAUAGCUCACUAUGUGCUUGGAUUUAUGUUGGAUUCUUCAGCUUCUUGCUGCCAGUGGAGGCCAACCCAAACAGAAAUUCAACAGGGAUCAGCAGAUCAGCAACCACCUAAGCUGUCUUCUGAAGGGUUAAUUAAUCAAUGAGCUUGGUUCCAGGUUCUUCACCUCAGGAAGAAUGCUAUAAU